AUGGCUCACCGUAAAUCACAAAACACCCCAGUGCCUGUUAGUCCAGGUGACCGAAUUAGAUCCUUUGGCAGCCCAAGCAAGAGGCAUGCAAUGCCGUUCCCUGUACGCCCGACCAGCCCUCCAAAGCCAAACGUUCGACAACCCGCCCUAUGUGCUCCGUUGAGCCCCAACUCGACUCUUCCUUGGAGUCACAGUGUGACUGAUGCCGCUGUCGCCAAAGCGCUCGCGCAUGGGCAUGGUCACGGCCGAAUGGUGUACGGAUACGGUGGCCCUCCUCAAUAUCAUUCACCACUGGUCAACAUCAACUCGAUGAUGAUGCAGCCCAACGUUUUUGGGCAAGGUAGCUUCAGUGCACCUGAUUUGCCCUCCGCAAGUCAAGUGUUGACUCCCACUCCCACUCCUAACGUGAUUCAUCUGGAUCACGAGGAACUUGAUGAAGCCCUGACACUGUCGAAGAAGGCUUGA